GCUUUCGGCUCACAGAGCUUCAGUCCAUGAGGAGAGACAGAGACCGACAGAAGAGUGUAUCAGCGUCAUUCUGAAGAGACACUUCCCACCGAACUCUUGACAGUAGGAGUCUUUGAUCCACAAUGCGGCCCCACAAAAUCCUGCUAAUGGCCGCCGUAUCCUGUGUGCUGAUUGGUGGAGGAAACUGUCAAUCAAACUCAUCCGAUGGCUUCCAGCUCUCCGCUGACCCCAGCUCAGGUCACCGGUCUCCGAACCGCGUGAUCUCUGACCCCAGAGCUGUCGGGUCGGUUCGUGUCCAGCCGCUGUCGCUGCCCCCGGCGUGUCUGAGGAGGACCUACAUCGAGGGCUUGUUCAAAUACGUCAACACGGUUCUGUCCUGCCUCAUCUUUGUGGUGGGGAUGGUAGGAAACGCCACGCUGCUGAGGAUCAUCUACCUCAACAAGACCAUGAGGAACGGCCCGAACGCUCUGAUCGCCAGCCUGGCGCUGGGAGACCUCAUCUACAUCGCCAUCGACAUCCCCAUCAACGUCUAUAAGCUGCUGGCGAUGCGGUGGCCCUUCGAUGACAGUGUGUUCGGUCUGUUCCUGUGCAAACUGAUGCCGUUUCUACAGAAAGCGUCAGUCGGAAUAACGGUUCUCAAUCUGUGUGCGCUCAGUGUGGACAGGUAUCGUGCGGUCGCGUCGUGGAGUCGUGUUCAGGGUGUGGGGAUCCCUGUGUCCACGGCUGUGGAGAUCCUGUGUAUCUGGCUGCUGGCUGUAGUUCUGGCCGUUCCUGAGGCCAUCGGCUUCAAAAUGGUCAGCUUCGACUACAACAACGUCACCAUCCGCACCUGCAUGCUGAAACCAGAGACGCCCUUCAUGACGUUCUACAGGGACGUGAAGGUCUGGUGGUUGUUUGGCUUUUAUUUCUGCGUGCCGCUGGUUUGUACGGCCGUCUUCUACACGCUCAUGACCUGUGAGAUGCUGAGCAACAGGAAGGGCAGCCUAAAGUUUUCUCUGAGCGAACACCUCAAGCAGAGGCGUGAGGUGGCGAAGGCCGUGUUUUCUCUGGUGCUGAUCUUCACUCUCUGCUGGUUUCCGCUGCAUCUCAGUCGCAUCCUGAAGAAGAUGGUUUAUUUUCAGAACGACGUCGGCCGCUGCGACCUGCUGAAUUUCUUGCUGGUGUUUGAUUACCUGAGUAUAAAUCUGGCCACCAUCAACUCCUGCAUCAAUCCCAUAAUCCUCUACUUCGUCAGCAAGAAGUUCAAGAACUGCUUCAGGUCGUGUUUGUGUUGCUGGUGUUAUCCGGCCGGCUCGCUCUUGAGCAGCGUUGUGCCCCUGAACGGAACCAGCUUCCAGUACAAGAGCCCUGAUCAGAACGGCUUAUCGGACCGGACCGCGCUGCGCAAGGACAGCUACAACUGACCUCAACCACACACACGCUGUUUUAACCCUGACUACAGAGAUAUCAACAUAAAUAUUUAUAUUAUUAUAUCUACUGCACUGGUUAACUGUGUGCAUACUAUUAUGACAAAGAAAGUGCAUCUUUUUUGGUGUAUGCAUCAUAUUUUGUAAACAUAAA